AUGCUUCAUCGUGCAAGGCCGUCAGGCUUGUGCCACGGCUGUCGACAGGACGUUCAAACCCUCUUUGAGAGAGGGUUUUGCGGACCAGUCGUCAGUUUGAAAAGUCGACCUGCGCCCCUUCAAUGGCGGCGACCAUUCCGACCCCGACAACAAGUCAGACCCUACGUCAAGUCUCCCACAGCCUUCCAAGAGCGGUCGAAUUCGUCUUCUGAGAGGAUACAAUUUCCAGUCGAGCCAGAAAGAGGAUUGGAUGCAGAUACCUUACAAGAGCAGCUGGACGCUAUCCAGGAGUUGGAACAUGCUCUAGGUCGGCCUAUAGAGCAAGCAAUCGAAGAAGAUCGAGUGCUGAACGAGGGCUUAAUAGAACUUGAUGUCGGUGAACAUGUCGAAGAGCAAUAUGACCAGGAAGUUGUCCUCCACGCAACCAAAGACUCGGUAGCGAGCCUGCGGGAGUCUGGAGCCUCCCUAGAGGAGGUGGUCCGCCUGGCGAGGCAGAUCCACGGUGAUAGCCUUCCUGAUUCUGUGCUCGAGGGGAAAGAGUUUAAAAUCUACAGAAGACUGUAUGGCGACCCUGUGGCCGCUACAAAAGAAUACCUAUCGGAUGAAGAUGAGGUUGAUGGGACAGCACCAAACCAACUCUUCGACCGAGAUGGAGAGCUCGUGGAUUAUGACCUGCGCGACACUAGCUCACAUAUGGACAAUGUUGAUGGACAGGAGGACGCUACAGUUGAACCGCCACCGCCUGUACAGGACAACAUCCACCUGGAAUCCGACGAGACAACCAGUCUGCUGGUGUCUCCCACCCACAGGGCAAUGGAAGUUGCUCGAUUAGUGGAUGGCCAAAUUGCGGAAGACGUUGAUGAAGAGGAUGCGGGAGAAGACUCACAAUCCAGAUUUCAUCCUCUUACCGUGCUGGGAAAAUUCGCGACCAACCCCAAGACAGUUUUUCUGUCGCAGGAAGAUUUUGUGCUUCCAGUAGCCAACAUCAUGAAAGGCUUCUCAAACAAACAUCUCAAAGACGCCUGUGAGAAGACUUUCGGUGGGCCUGGGCUUCCCGAUUCUGCGCUGACGCCGAGAUCUGGACGGUCAAGAGCACAAGUUCCGAUACCGCUGGAUGCCACCCAACAUAGUAUGGGGGAGAUGGAAGCAAAUGCCUUCAUAACCACAGUCAUGCCACCUACAUACGCCGCCAUUACGUCUGUCCUGGUCGAAACCCGGAAACGUCUGGGAUCGACAUGGUUGAACAAUCUCCUUGCCAAAGAAGGCGGGCCUCGCAUUCUCGAUGCUGGUGCGGGAGGAGCAGCCAUUCUGGCCUGGCGAGAGAUUGUCAAGGCUCAUUGGGAUUCUAUGCAUUCUUCCGACUGUGACCCGCCACCCGCUCCAGCAUCCAAGUCCGUCGUUCUUACCGGUGCAGACAGCCUGAGACAUAGAGCGGCCGCACUCUUGGACAAUACAACCUUUAUUCCACGACUUCCGGACUAUGUACACACUCGAGACGCCCCCACACUUGACGAUGACCGUCCAGCGCAGCAGCGCAAACAAUUCGACGUGAUAAUUGCUUCUCACUCCCUUUUCGGGCUACAGGAAGACUGGAUGCGAAAACAGCAUGUCCAAAAUUAUUGGUCCAUGCUGAGUAAUCAGGGAGGAGUGUUGAUCUUGAUUGAAAAAGGUGUCCCCCGAGGAUUCGAGGCGAUCGCCGGCGCCCGCGAGCUCCUUCUGGAAAGGCAUAUUGCCGUACCUAAAGGCCGCAAGACCGGGUACAGCGCGGGUCAUGAAAGUGACGAGGUUUUCACUCGGGAGACUGGCAUGAUCGUGGCCCCGUGUACAAAUCAUGAGAAGUGCCCCAUGUAUAAUAUGGCUGGUUUAUCACAAGGCCGCAAGGACUUUUGCAGUUUCCAACAACGGUAUACCCGGCCGACUUACCUUCAACGGGUUCUGGGGGCCAAAGACCGCAACCAUGACGAUGUCGACUUUUCGUACUUGUCGGUUAUGAAAGGAGAUGAUCUUCGCCAACGGAAACUCGAGUCCUGGAAAAGCCUCGAAGAUGGUCUUUCAGCUCCUCUGCACCCGAAACCACAGGUCCUGGCCGAGGACUAUGAUGCCUGGAUGACUCUCUGUCAGUCGGGCUUCGAUGAAGUCGACCCUAGCAGUACGCUCAGAGACUCUGCUUCCACAUUCGCCGAUGGCAAAGUUCGAUCAAGUCUUCCCGCACCUUGGAAUCUACCUCGACUUGUCUUUACGCCCAUGAAGCGUCGUGGCCAUGUGAUCAUGGAUGUCUGCACCCCGGCAGGCAAGAUCGAGCGUUGGACGGUGCCCAAAUCGUUCAGCAAACAAGCGUACCACGACGCGCGCAAAUCUCAAUGGGGUGACCUGUGGGCUUUGGGCGCCAAAACCCGCACCCUCCGGACCUUGAGACUUGGAGGGCCGGACACGAAAGAAGCCAAGCGUGCCCGAAGCCGCAAAGAAAGACUGCAGAACCAGGCUGACGAUCUAAUGGAGAGGAUGGAAGAAGAGAAAAUGGCAGAUAUGGAGGAGGCGGCAGAACUACAGCAGGCCCUAGAGAUUGAAGACUUUGAUGACCAUGAACCAAGAAUGCAUGUAAAGAAGCAGAAGUCUAAAGCUGUCAAACCGCCGACGGAGCCAUCAAAAGCCAAGCAGCCCGAGCCAUCGCCUGGCGUCGAGUCGUUCACGUUCGAUGACUUCGACGAGAACGAGAUCAAUCCGCUUCCGCCAUCCAAGGCAGGAAAGCGCACAAGGAAGGGAGCGGGCACGGUGGGUAACGGUAACGUGCAAGCGACAGGAGCACACACCAACAAGUCAAAUGCGACCAAUUCUACCAUCAAGCAUGAUUGGGAAGAAACAGCAACGGGAGCUGCGGCCAGUCGAUAUGAUGACCUCGACCCCUUGGAGGCAGCCAAUCUGCGCGAGUGGGAAGCGGAACUGGCGGCUCCUCUGGCACACAUGGGGAUCAAGGGCAAGGGCGAGAGCUCGACGCCGUCGUAUUCCAAGUUCGCUGUACGGGCUGACAAGAGACGCAAACAAAAAGUUGGCCGGGCGAGGCGCGGUCGGUCGGGGCUGUAA